AUUCGCUAGUCUCAGGUGGCGAGAGUGUGCGAAGCGAUUCCAUUGGUUCAGACGAUCUCAGCUGAGGUCUGGUCCGAGCCGACCAACAGUUUACCCAUACCGUAUCAGACGCAACUCGAUUAUUCUCCCCAAUCCCUGCCAUAACUGCCGGUAUAACGUGAUCCUCAACAAACUGGAUAUUGGAGAAAGGGAAAAAAAAAGACAGAAGAUUUAGAAGAUCUUAAGAUCAGCGCGUUUCAAGCCUCUAUCGUGAAACGAACCAUCAGUCUCGCAUAUCUUUUCUUUUGUCGACGUUAAACGUUAAUAAUUAGAAGUGUUUUCAAGUUGAAAAGCAGGACUUUAUUUAAAAAGACAAGGAUGGCGCCGAAUAUAACAAGCACACCGACGGGAGUGUUAUUUGAAGGUGAGACUCUUGGCGAGCCGCAACUAAUUGAAGAGCCCAAGGAAAAACCUAAAUAUGUUCGGCGUAUCGUUUGGAGAAACGUGGCGGUUUUCUCCUAUCUACAUCUCAGCGCUCUUUACGGAAUUUAUCUCUCAUUCACGUCCGCCAAAUUGGCAACCGUCAUUUUCGCAAUUUUACUGUAUCAAGUCAGUGGCUUGGGAGUCACAGCCGGAGCUCACCGACUCUGGGCACACCGAUCUUACAAAGCCAAGUGGCCUCUUCAGCUGAUACUCGUGAUUAUGAAUACUAUAGCAUUCCAGGAUGCAGCGAUCGACUGGGCUAGAGACCACAGGGUUCAUCACAAAUACACCGAGACCGAUGCUGAUCCGCAUAACGCUAAGAGAGGUUUUUUCUUUUCGCAUGUGGGUUGGUUGCUCUGUAGGAAACAUCCGGAAGUUAGGGAAAAGGGCAAGCGUAUCGAUUUAAGUGAUCUCGAGAGCGAUCCCAUAUUGGCAUUCCAAAAGAAAUAUUAUACCAUAUUGAUGCCAUUAUUAUGCUUCAUUUUACCAAUUAUUAUUCCGGUCGUAUGUUGGAACGAGACCUGGACGAACGCUUACUUUAUUCCUACCAUCCUCCGUUAUAUCUUCACAUUGAACAUGACAUGGUUAGUAAACUCUGCGGCUCAUCUCUUCGGCAACAAACCCUACGACAAGUAUAUCAAUCCAUCAGAGAACAAGAGUGUUGCCAUAUUCGCCCUCGGUGAAGGUUGGCACAAUUACCAUCACGUCUUUCCCUGGGAUUACAAGACGGCCGAAUUUGGCAAUUACAGGUUCAACUUUACGACGGCCUUCAUCGACUUCUUCGCGAAGAUCGGUUGGGCAUACGAUUUAAAGAGCGUAUCUGAGAAUAUGGUGAGGAAACGAGUAGAGAGGACGGGUGAUGGCAGCCACGAGUUAUGGGGUUGGGGCGAUAUAGAUCAAACGCAGGAAGAAAGAGACGAAGCGAUAGUGAUGCAUCAUUACACGAAGGAUCAGUAGGAUCCUACGAGUGUACGUGCAAGACUGUCGAUUAAAUAAGGCUUUCUUCGCAUUCGUUCACAACGAUCAUGAAUUGAUUCGUUUGGACAAAUUUCGUAGAA